AUGAAGCGCUUCCUCGCAGGUUACGCAGCGCUUAUAUUUAUUAUUCUCAUGACCUUUCCUUUGACUGAUGGCACUCCGUCGAGGUAUAGUCUGUUCCAGGGCAGUCCUUAUUCCAGCUCUGCUUCGAGACAACGGAACAAAAACUGGUGUGCUUUUGUAGUGCAUAAGAACGUGACAUGCGCUGUGCUGGCGGCGAACGAAAAAGUCAUGGAGCCGCAGCUCCUGCCCUAUAUAAACUGGUGUGCUUUUGUAGUGCAUAAGAACGUGACAUGCGCUGUGCUGGCGGCGAACGAAAAAGUCAUGGAGCCGCAGCUCCUGCCCUGUCCGCCGAAUCAGCCCGACUGCACACAGCGGCUCAUAUAUCAUACUCACAUGAGGCCCAUGUACAAAAUAGGCUACAAACAAGUGACUGAACUGGAAUGGAGGUGCUGUCCAGGAUAUCAAGGUCAUGACUGUACUGAGCUGAAAAAUACCCCUCAGAAACCCAAUGUUGUUGAGGAACCACGUCGAGAUGUUCCCUCAACCAGCAGCCAACAACAGAGCAUCUUGGGACCAGAAGUGUUCUCCGAGACACAUCCAUGGUCUCAACCCGGGCAGAAAGGACAUCAUAGCCAUCAACUGGGAGAUUAUGGAGAUCGUCAACACGAGAGUCAACGAGUUCAGGCAUUAGAAGAAGAAGUGGAGCGUCUUUCUCAGACUGUACUCGGCCUGCAAGCCAUGACUUCUGCCAAUGCGAACCUACGGCUAGAUUUACAGGAAGAUGUUACCAAAUUCGUUCUAAACAUGUUGGGGAAUUUGCAACAGCCACAGGAUGUCAAAGCGGGUGGAAUCGAGAGCAUUACGCUCCCAUAUGACCUCCGUUCAUCACCAGGCACUGAUGAACUCCAGAACCACAUUACCCAGCUCUCCAACACCAUCGGUACCAACACUAAUAGCAUCCAAGAUCUGCAGAUGAGGAUCCAGAACAUUGAUGGACAGAUGCAUCGAUUAACAGAAGCAAGCAACACUGGACCGCUUCAGCCUUCCUCAACAGCUGCAACCAAUGAGUGUCCAUGUCAAGCAUACAUCGAUGAAAAUCUUUCAGCCCUUCGUGAGGAGCUUCUUCAAGGAAUGGACAUCAAAAUAGCAGACAUGAAGAAUGCAUGCGACUACAAAGUGCUGUCUGUUCAAGAACAGUGUGAGGAACAAGAAACCUCUUACUUGAGCCUGGCCGAGCUCCUUGACUCCAAAGAGACUGAACUCCGCAAAGAGAUCCAAGACUUGCGUCUCCAGCUUCCAAUUGGAAAACCCCAAGAGUUGGACAAUGCUGAGGUCCAGAAGCUUAAGGACACCCAACAGAUACUCCAAAACACCAUUAGGGAGCACAAUGCCACCAUUGCACAGAUAAAUGCACAAGGGAACGCUCUGGAGGCAAGGGUUAGUCUUGCAGAAAAGAGCACAGAGGUGCAUUGCCUCUAUCUUGAGGAGAAACUGAGAAGGGAAAGAUUUAAGGAAGAGGAAGACCAAAGAAUAGCUUUCGAAGAGAAGAUCAGUGGUGUUCAAUGUGACAACAGCACUUCUCAGCUACUCUUUGGUCUUGAUGAGCGCCUGGAAGUCUUGGAGAAACAUGCACAGCUCCUGCAGGACAAGGUUGGCUCUCUUAAGGAAGAUCUCAAUCAGACCAUGAGUUUUGAAACCCUCCUGCAACGGGUGGAAAAUCUAGAGGUGGAUUCUGGGCGAAGCCAAGAGCAAGUGAGGACAAUGAAGGGCUUGCUUGAUGGACUUGAUGGACGCGUGGCUAGCAUUGAAGGCGUUUGUGGUCGAUUUGAGCCAAUGUCAGACAGUCUGAAACGGAUUAAAGAUGGACUGAACAAACACGUCAAUGGCUUGUGGACUUGCGUCCAUCAGCUGAACAGUACAGUACUUGCACAUACAAGAGACAUUAACACGUUUAAAGCAAAUUCACAACUCUCAAAAGAUGGCCAGGAUGGGAUCACUGAUGCACCAACAGGUGUUCCUGACGGUACAGCGGCUGUAAAAGUUUCCAUGGAGGGAGGUCAUCCACUCCCAUCGCUGGCGUCUGGGGAAGCAGCAACUCGAGUAACCAAAGUCUUGUCUCACACCCCUCAGGGGAUCAAUGGGAGCAUGCCAUCCAUUACAGGCUAUGCAGGAGCACCAGGUUAUCCAGGGAUUCCAGCUGCCGCUCUCAGUCCUGACUCCGUUUCUGCACAGAUUCCACUGAGGACAGUACAAAUGGCCACAGGAGAAGGGCGAAUGAUGACCUAUGUGUCGUUUUCGGCUGGUCUGACACUUGUGCCAUUCCCUGGAGAAAUCGGCAUCAUCCGAUUCAACAAUAUUCCACUGAGGACAGUACAAAUGGCCACAGGAGAAGGGCGAAUGAUGACCUAUGUGUCGUUUUCGGCUGGUCUGACACUUGUGCCAUUCCCUGGAGAAAUCGGCAUCAUCCGAUUCAACAAUGUUCUGUUAAAUGAUGGAAGACACUAUGAUCCACAAACAGGUGUGUUCACUGUUCCCCUGGAUGGACGGUACCUGCUGAGCGCUGUAUUAACCGCUCAAGCGGGAGAAAGAGUCGAGGCCUUUCUCUCAGUAGCCAAUCGCAACAUCCAGAAGCUUUCCACUGCUGCAAUGGGUGGCAGAGACACUCAGGACUGCGUCUGUGGAGGGACCGUCUCUGUAAGUCUUGCUCUUCAUCUGAAGCGGGGCCAGAGGACGGGACUGGUGCUCACAUCAGGGAGACUGGCCAUUUCAGCAUCCAGUGAAAUCCUGUCCUCAUUCAGCGGAGUUCUGCUUUACCCAACAGUAGGAAAGCCAUAACCCACAGCCAAUGGCAAACAUUAAAGGGGUCAUAUGACGCUGCUAAAAAAAGAACAUUAUUUUGUGUAUUUGGUGUAA